AUGGCCCAGGGCCUUAGCGGGCGUUGGGCAGUUGUUACGGGCGCGGGCGCCGGGUCACCUGGACGCAGCCGCAACGGGUGCCGCCCAGCGCCGCAGGGCGCCGGCGGCCACGGCACCGGCAGGUGGCCGGAACGGCGCGAAGGCGGAGGGGGCCGCGCGGCCCAAGGCGGCGGCGAUGAGAGCGCGCGCGGGGCGCGGCCCGGCGCUGCGAGGCGAGGGGCAGUGGGGAGCGGCCCGAUGGCAUGGCCGCGAGAGGCGGGCAACACAGAGGCGAGCGGCGGCGCAGUUGGUCGCAGCGGCGACAGCAGAGGCAGCGGCGGAACGGAGCAAGGCGGCAGCGGGAGGAAGCCGAGCGGUCGGCGGCAGCCACGCGCGCGCGGGCGAGGCCCGAGCAUGGCGAGCGCGCACGGGGGAAGCGGGCAGGCGCGAGGGAAGACCGGGAGGUGGGCGCCGGAUCGUGGCUGCGGGCGCGCGACGAGCAGCUAG